AUGACUUCACUAGCCACCUUUUUGCUUCCUCCACUAGUAUAAAACCCCUCAGUAUCACAAUUAUACUCACCAAUCCCAUCUCAUAACUAACACACACAGCAGAAAGACAUAGAACUAUGAGCAUUGAAGUGAUGGAGAAGAAGCUCUACAAUGCAUGUCUGAAAGGAGAUGUACACAUGUUGGAGGCUUUGACGAGAGAAGAUGAACUCAUUCUUGCUCGAAUUUCCCUAUCUUCUUGCUUCAACCAGACACCUCUGCAUUUAGCAUGCAUGUUAGGCCACUUCGAACUUGCUAAAUCUCUCCUUUCUUAUAAGCCAGAUUUCGCAACCAGGUUAGAUGCACAAGGCCGUUCUCCUCUUCAUUUAGCCUCUGCAAACGGAUAUGUCGGGAUUGUUAAAUUGUUGUUACAGCAUGAUGGGAAAGUGGUUCGAGUUUGUGAUGAGGAUGGAAGGACUCCUCUGCAUUUGGCUGUGAUGAAUGGUCAGCAGGAGUGUGUUGGUGAGUUGAUGAAAGUAGAUGGUGAGGAAAUUGGGACAGCAUUGCAUUUGUGUGUUAUGUGUAAUCGGCUGGAUGUUCUUGAUGUUAUAUUGAAAUCGACGGAGCAGGAUGUGUUGAACUUGAAAGAUGAGAAAGGCAACACUGUUUUGCACUCUGCAACUCUUCUGAGGAGGACCCAGAUAAUAAAAUACCUACUGAUGACUAAAAGUGAAGUACUAAAGGUGAACACAGUGAAUGAAAAUAGUCUCACAGCACUGGACAUAGUAGAGCAAAUGCCUCAAGAUGUGAAAACCAUGGAAAUCAAGGAGCUCCUCGUAUCUGCUGGUACCCGAAAGGCCCAAGAACUUAAACCAGCUGAUCAGAGCGUACAAGAGGGGGAUGAAGCAGCGAAAACUGGCACCAGCAACAGCAAAUGCCUAAAGAUAUUUGAUAAAUUCACCAAAUUCACAAUCUUUCGCGAGACACGAGAAGCCAGAGACGAUGCAUUACUGGUAGCAGCAUCUGUCAUAGCUGCAAUGGCUUAUACCGCGGCUAUUAGCCCACCAGGCGGUGUGGCUUCUAUGGAUGCCAAGGAAUUUCCCCCCCUCGGCUCCCCUGGUGGCUCCCCUGAUUCCCUGAAAGAUAAAUAUUUUCAUCUUAAUCCCGCGGCUUCUCUGCUAGCUUACUUCAACCCGAACUUGAGCUAUACUUUCUGGAUAUCAAACAACAUCUCGUUCAUGGCUUCUUUAAGUGUGAUCUUUCUUUAUGUAAGCGGUUCAAGCCUGAAACGGAGGUUUUUCACUUGGCUAAUCAGGGGAGCCAUGUGGGUAACUCUGACAUCAAUGACAAUCGCUUAUGUAUGUGCAGUUUCAGCUACCACGGGUGCCACUGAAGAUUAUAACGCACUUUAUCCACUUGUAUUCGGAUUAUUAGCAUGGGGAAUAUUGGUUUUCGUGACGUUUCUGGUUCUUGUUUAUCGCUUCCAGCGCUACAUAAUCCCAGCAAUUAAGAGACAAGGGGCUUCUAUGAACAAGAAUAUAAGUGGAGACUCUGCUACCACUUCCAAGUCUUCAAAUAGUUAUAUCGUGUGAUGGAUAUAAUAAUGCUAUGAUCCAGUCUGGUUUAACUGUUUCCCGGCCCCUAGGGCCUAGCUGUGGGGGGGGUCUUUGUCUUGCUUUCUGCCUCUUGUUUUUUCUGUUUGUUAAGUUUGGUCUUGCUUUGAUGCUCUGUAUUCUGUUACUCUCUUUGUUAUCCUGUGUAUGCUUUGAAAAUAUGAUGAUUGUGCCCUCA